GACAAGAUGGCGGCGGCGCGGCGGGCGCAGCUGGUGCUGGGGCACUUGGCCGGGGCCGCUCCGGGGCCGGGGGCCACCCCCAGGGCCGUGCCCUGUGCCGGGGGCCCGCCGCGGGCCAACAGCCCCGACGACGUGGUGGUGGUGCACGGCCGCAGGACCGCCAUCGGCCGCGCCCGCCGCGGCGGCUUCAAGGACACGACACCCGAUGAGCUGCUGGCUGCUGUGAUGACAGCUGUGCUUCAGGAUGUCAACCUCCGUCCUGAGGUCCUGGGAGACAUCUGUGUGGGGAAUGUGCUGCAGCCUGGAGCUGGUGCCUUGAUUGCAAGAGUUGCACAGUUUCUAAGUGGUAUUCCAGAGACGGUGCCGUGCUCCAGUGUGAACCGGCAGUGCUCCUCCGGGCUACAGGCCAUUAUCAACAUAGCUGGUGGCAUCCGAAAUGGAUCGUAUGACAUUGGCUUGGCCUGUGGUGUGGAAACAAUGUCCCUCAGAAGUGCAAAUAACCCUGGUGAUAUCAGUUCCAACAUGAUGGAUAACCCCAAAGCUCGAGAUUGCCUUAUUCCUAUGGGAAUAACGUCAGAAAACGUGGCAGAGAAGUUUGGAGUUUCCCGGAAGAAGCAAGAUGCCUUUGCUUUGGCUUCCCAACAAAAAGCAGCAAAAGCCCAGCAGAUGGGACUGUUUAAAACUGAGAUUGUUCCAGUGAAGACCACUGUUGCAGAUGCUGAGGGCAACAAAAAAACAAUCAUUGUGCAGCAAGAUGAAGGGAUCAGGCCCUCCACGACACUGGAAGGUUUGGCAAAGCUGAAACCUGCCUUCAAAGAGGAUGGAAGCACUACAGCAGGGAAUGCCAGCCAGGUCAGCGAUGGAGCAGCUGCUGUUCUCCUGGCAAAACGCUCCAAGGCAGCGCAGCUGGGACUGCCGGUGCUGGGGGUGCUGAGAUCCUUUGCUGUGGUGGGGGUCCCACCUGAUGUGAUGGGCAUAGGGCCAGCCUAUGCCAUCCCUGUUGCUGUGGAAAAGGCAGGUCUAACUUUGAAUGACAUUGAUAUAUAUGAAAUUAAUGAAGCCUUUGCAAGUCAGGCUGUGUACUGUGUUGAAAAGCUGGGCAUUCCCAUGGAGAAGGUGAACCCCCUGGGUGGAGCCAUAGCACUGGGACACCCCCUGGGCUGUACUGGUGCUCGGCAGGUCGUCACUUUGCUCAAUGAACUGAAGCGCAGAGGGAAGAGAGCAUACGGAGUGGUGUCCAUGUGCAUUGGAACUGGCAUGGGUGCUGCAGCCGUGUUUGAGUACCCCGGGAACUGAGCUCCACACAACACCACCACAGCUCCCUCUGCCUUCCCUAGGCAAAGCAAGUGAUUGCCACUGAAAUCAAGUGGGUUCUGGGAUUUGUUACUAGAUCUACAAAUUUUAGGCAGAAAUUGUGAAGUAGAAUUAAAGGUGCAGCUCUGUGAAGGUGAGGAAAUGUAAAACUGGCAUAUGGCUUCCUGACAGAAGAAAUUAGCUCAGCUGAAAUUCAACUACAGGCCCUGGUGUGGUGAUUAAGAAUGAAUAUUUUUAAUUUAAUCUCUUUAUUCUGUGAAUGUUACCAGAGCGAAACAGUUCAUGGGACAGUAUUUUUGUAUGACAAAUUGGCAAAAAGAGUCACUCAAAAUGAAGACAUCAUGUCCACAUGUAAAGACUUUUCCAGUAUUUCCUUAAAAGAUUUCAUCAUUUUGUAACAAGUUUAAAAGAGCUUGUUUUGAAGCAAAGACUUUGACAUCCUUGCCUUUACUUAGAACUGUGUCUGUCCUAACCCAGCUAGAAGUUGUCUGUGUCUUAAAUUGUCCCUACACUGUAGCUUGCUGCUGGUGGAGCUGCUCUGAAGCCUCCAGUGGGGGAAAAUGGAAGGACUGGAACAUAAUUUCCACAGGAAAUGCCUGAAUGGAAAGGUUCUGUUCAGUUGCUAGAAGCCAGGAUUUGGAUGUGGCCAUUCCUUCUUUAACAAUGUGAGUUAUCAGUUUGUGUGACUCCAAGGACAAUCUUGUGUUUAAUCAUAUUUACUUACCUAAUAUAAAGCAAAUUGCAGCAUUACAUUUACUGCAAGCACUACAUGAAGAUCAGUCUUAGGUCAGUCCUGCAGUGCUAAUACAAACAUGUUCCAUCUUGUGUCUUUCAUAAUCCCUUAUUUCUUCUCUUGUCUGAACAGGAAGAUCACUGAAACUCAGAUUGAAAAAGAAAUGUACUCAUUGCUGCUUUAAAUUUGUAACAAACUGAAGUUCUUUGUCCUGACUUUUGUUUUUGCACUUAACAAUACAAUUGGGUUCUUGCAAUACA